AAGCCCUGGACCUUGGCGUACAGAGGAUAGUAACGAUUCUUCUUUCGAACCUAAAACACACCCCACGACCACGAUGACAACGAACCGAUCCGCCAGACUUCUGGUGUUGCUAGUGUUGACCUCGCUGGUGGCCAGCCACCAGGCGCAUGCCGCCGCCGUGGGAUUGAAGUGCGGCGGGAAGGGCGCCGUCUGCGUGGGACCGCUCUCCUACCAGCAGUGCCUGGACGACCUGACCGCCGGUCCGGUGGUGCCAUGCCCUCUGAACACCCGCUGCGUCACCGACGGCCUCGAGAUCUGCGUGCCCGUCAAGUCGGCCGCCGAGGCUCCCACCGCGGCGGUGGCCAAGAUGGUCACCAUCACCGACAGCCCCGUCAGCGAGUCCGCUUCGCUGGUGGCGGAGGGCAGCUCCAGCGCUGGUGCCUCCGGCCCGGAGAUCUCCACCGAGGGACCCAGUGCCCCGUCCAGCGCCGCUCCGGUUGAAAGCACCCCUGCGGCCGUGGAAACCACCCAAGCUCCAAUCGAAACCACGCUUGCUCCCGUGGAGACCACCCAAUCCCCAGUUGAGAGCACCCAAGCUCCCGCCGAGACGACCACCGCGGCCAUCGGUGAGACCACCACUGGAUCGGAUGCCCCACCGGAGACGGAGUCCACGAUUCCGAGUGACACCACUCCCGCGGACACUACCAUCGAGCCCGACACCACUGUAGCUCCUGGACAAGAUCCCAACGCACCUGCGGAAACUACUCUGGCUCCCGGUCAAGUCGACCCGAACUCGCCCAUCGAUCCCAAUUCCCCACAAGACCCAAAUGCCCCCGAAGGAUCUACUAACGAACCCGGUUUAACCGACCCCACCACUCCGGCUGCACCUGGUGCUCCUUCUGAGGGACCCACCGCCGCACCCGGAACUCCAGCUGAUGUGACCACUGCUGCUCCUGGUGCCCCUGCUGAAGUAACUACUCCUGCCCCUGGUGCUCCCGCUGAUGUGACCACUGCUGCUCCAGGUUCUCCCGCCGAAGGAUCCCCUGCUGCUCCUGGCUCUCCCGCUGAAGUCACCCCUCCUGCUCCAGGAUCUCCCGCUGAAGAGACUACUGCUGCUCCUGGCUCUCCCGCCGAAGGAUCCCCUGCUGCUCCUGGUUCUCCUGCUGAUGUGACCACUCCUGCUCCUGGCGCUCCCGCUGAUGUGACCACUGCUGCUCCAGGUUCUCCCGCCGAAGGAUCCCCUGCUGCUCCUGGCUCUCCCGCUGAAGUCACCCCUCCUGCUCCAGGAUCUCCCGCUGAAGAGACUACUGCUGCUCCUGGCUCUCCCGCCGAAGGAUCCCCUGCUGCUCCUGGUUCUCCUGCUGAUGUGACCACUCCUGCUCCUGGCGCUCCCGCUGAUGUGACCACUGCUGCUCCAGGUUCUCCCGCCGAAGGAUCCCCUGCUGCUCCUGGCUCUCCCGCUGAAGUCACCCCUCCUGCUCCAGGAUCUCCCGCUGAAGAGACUACUGCUGCUCCUGGUUCUCCCGCCGAAGGAUCCCCUGCUGCUCCUGGUUCUCCUGCUGAUGUCACAACUGCCGCUCCAGGAUCUCCCGCUGAAGGAUCAUCUCCUGCUCCAGGAGCUUCUGCUGCUCCGGGUUCUCCCGCAGAAGGAUCCCCUGCUGCUCCAGGAUCUCCCGCUGAAGUAACCACUGUUGCCCCUGGUUCUCCCGCCGACGGAUCCUCCGCUGCUCCUGGCUCUCCCGCCGAAGGAUCUUCUGCUGCUCCUGGUUCUCCUGCUGAUGUUACAACUGCUGCUCCAGGUUCUCCCGCUGAAGAGACUACUGCUGCUCCUGGCUCUCCCGCCGAAGGAUCCCCUGCUGCUCCUGGUUCUCCUGCUGAUGUGACCACUUCUGCUCCGGGAUUACCUGCUGAUGAAACCACGGUUGCUCCUGGUUCUCCCGCCGAAGGAUCCUCCCCUGCUCCUGGUUCUCCCGCUGAAGAAUCUCCUGCUGCUUCUGGUUCUCCUGCUGAUGUCACAACUGCUGCUCCAGGAUCUCCCGCCGAAGGAUCCUCUCCUGCUCCAGGAUCUCCUGCUGAAGGAUCCCCUGCAGCUCCCGGAUCUCCCGCUGAAGAAACCACUGCCGCCCCUGGCUCUCCCGCCGAAGGAUCCCCUGCUGCUCCUGGUUCUCCUGCUGAUGUCACAACUACCGCUCCAGGAUCUCCCGCUGAAGGAUCCUCUCCUGCUCCAGGAUCUCCUGCUGCUCCCGGUUCUCCCGCCGAAGGAUCUUCUGCUGCUCCAGGAUCUCCCGCUGAAGGAUCCUCUCCUGCUCCAGGAUCUCCUGCUGAAGUAACCACUGCUGCCCCUGGUUCUCCCGCCGACGGAUCCUCCGCUGCUCCUGGCUCUCCCGCCGAAGGAUCUUCUGCUGCUCCUGGUUCUCCUGCUGAUGCUACAACUGCCGCCCCUGGAAAUCCUGCUGUCCCCGACGUUCCCGCUGGUGGUGCUCCCGCUGAUUCCAACGCUCCUGCUGGUGGUGCUCCUGCUGGUGGAGCUCCUGCUGGCGGUGCUCCUGCUGGUGGAGCUCCUGCUGGUGGAGCUCCUGAUGGUGGUGCUCCUGCUGGUGGUGCGCCUGCUGGUGGUGCUCCAGAUGGUUCCAACGUUCCCGCUGGUGGUGCUCCCGCUGAUUCCAACGCUCCUGCUGGUGGUGCUCCUGCUGGUGGAGCUCCUGCUGGCGGUGCUCCUGCUGGUGGAGCUCCUGCUGGUGGAACUUCUGCUGGUGGUGCUCCUGCUGGUGGAGCUCCUGCUGGUGGAGCUCCUGCUGGUGGUGCGCCUGCUGGUGGUGCUCCAGAUGGUUCCAACGUUCCCGCUGGUGGUGCUCCCGCUGAUUCCAACGCUCCUGCUGGUGGUGCUCCUGCUGGUGGAGCUCCUGCUGGUGGUGCUCCUGCUGGUUCCAACGUUCCCGCUGGUGGUGCUCCUGCUGGUUCCAACGUUCCCGCUGGUGGUGCUCCCGCUGACUCCAACAUUCCCGCUGGCGGUGUUCCAGCUAAUCCUAGUGCACCCGCUGGUGGUGCUCCAGGAUCUUCUGCUGCUGGUUCCAACUCUCCCGCUGGCUCAGGCAUUCCAUCGAUUCCUGUUCUGCCUGGCGGAGCUGGCUCUUGGCCACUCCGUCCUAGCAUCCCCAUUUUCCCGCCGAUCUGGAGGCCUCAGAUUCCUGAACAAGAUGGCUCAGGUGCCGGCGCAUCUGCUCCUGGUAGUGGCCUGAUCAGUGGCAGCCUCAACCCGCCCCAACGUCCCAAUCCCUUCUGGCCCAACUGGUCGAACUGGGUGAAUAGCUGGCGACCAACCAAGCCGGUGACCAGCACAGAGGCUCCUGCCCAGCCGGAGGACCCCCAGCAGCCAGGCAACAAUAGACCCGAGACAGCCGAGAGCGUGGAGCAGGCUGCCCCAGUUCCACCAGCCGGAGGAGCUGCGUCCAACGAGAAUGCCUCCGUUGAGGAGGGCAACAAGGCCUCCAGUGAUAAGUCCAAGGAGCAGGAGCAGAAGAAGCCCAGCUCGGAGGAGAAGAAGGAGAAGCCCAGCUCGGAGGAGAAGAAGGAGAAGGACAGUCAGGAGAAGAAGGAGAAGGACAGUCAGGAGAAGAAGGACAAGGACAGUCAAGAUAAGAAGGACAAGGACAGUCAGGAGAAGAAGGACAAGGAUAGCCAGGACAAGAAGGACAAGUCCAAGGACUCCAAAGAGGAGAAGGACAACGAGUCGCCAAAGGACAAUGAGAACGACGACGAGCUGAGCUCCAAGGAGAAGAAGCAGUACGUCAAGGACCUGAUCAAGAAGCUGAAGAAGGGCGACGAGUGCGACGAGGACGACGUCUAUCCGGAUGUCCGCGACUGCCGCAAGUACUACCGCUGCGAGGUGAAGAAGUCCGGCAAGCACAGGUUCGCCCAUCUGCGCUGCGACAAGAAGGAGCGCUUCGACUGGCUAGCCCAGGCCUGUGUGCCCAAGGACGAGGCCCGCUGCCUGGAGAAGUAGGACACCCACUCCACUCCACACGGUAAUCUCACAAUCAACCGCACUGUUCUAUAUUGGCAAUGAUAUUCUAUGUGUAACCCUCGGUCCUACUUAAUUUAUUGCACUAUUUAAAAAAAACCUUUAUUUUUUGUUUUCCGCAUUAAAUCUUUAACUUUAUGAAAAUCUGGCAAA